CCACUGCCGCUGUGAGGAGCCUGCGGGCCGCCCGCCCGCCGCGCCGGCGCCAUGAAGCGGCAGAACGAGCGAGACUCCAGCCCGAGCGGGCGUGGCUCGUCAUCGUCCGCCAAGCGGCCGCGGGAGCGCGAACGGGAGGCAGAGGCGGGCGGGCGGCGAGCAGCACACAAGGCCUCCGGAGGCACCAAGCACCCGGUUCCAGCGCGGGCUCGUGACAAGCCCCGAGGCAGUGGCGGCGGCGGCGGCGGCGGGCAUCGCGACGGUCGCGCUGCCGGGGAUGCGAAUCACCGAGCGGGCAGCGGGCGCUCCUCGGGCGCGCCCGGAGGCGGAGGACGAACCGGCAAGGCCUCGGGGGACCCGGGUGCUGGCGGCGCGUCGCCCCGCGCAUCUCCACUCCCGCCGCCCCCGCCGCCCCCCGGGGCGGAACCUGCGGGUCCCGGCUCCACGGCGGCUCCGGAAUACAAGACGCUCCUCAUCAGCAGCCUGAGCCCCGCGCUGCCGGCUGAGCACCUGGAGGACCGGCUCUUCCACCAGUUCAAGCGUUUCGGUGAGAUCAGCCUGCGCCUGUCGCACACACCGGAGCUGGGCCGCGUGGCCUACGUGAACUUCCGGCACCCACAGGACGCGCGCGAGGCUCGCCAGCACGCCCUGGCCCGUCAGCUGCUGCUCUACGACCGGCCGCUCAAGGUGGAGCCGGUGUACCUGCGCGGCGGCGGGAGCAGCCGGCGCAGCAGCAGCAGCAGCGCCGCCGCCUCCACGCCGCCCCCGGGGCCCCCCACGCCCGCCGAUCCUCUGGGCUACCUGCCGCUGCACGGGGGCUACCAGUACAAGCAGCGCUCGCUGUCUCCGGUAGCCGCCCCGCCCCUGCGGGAGCCCCGCGCUCGGCACGCCGCCGCUGCCUUCGCCCUGGAUGCUGCGGCCGCCGCCGUGGGCCUGUCUCGGGAGCGGGCCCUGGACUACUACGGGCUGUACGACGACCGCGGGCGCCCCUACGGCUACCCGGCCGUGUGCGAGGAGGACCUGAUGCCGGAGGAUGACCAGAGAGCUACUCGGAACCUCUUCAUCGGGAAUCUGGACCACAGUGUAUCAGAGGUGGAGCUUCGACGGGCCUUCGAAAAGUACGGCAUCAUUGAGGAGGUGGUCAUCAAGAGGCCUGCCCGCGGCCAGGGUGGUGCCUAUGCUUUCCUCAAGUUUCAGAACCUGGACAUGGCACACAGGGCAAAGGUGGCUAUGUCUGGCCGGGUGAUUGGCAGAAACCCCAUAAAGAUAGGCUACGGCAAGGCUAACCCCACCACCCGCCUCUGGGUUGGGGGUCUUGGACCUAACACCUCACUGGCGGCCCUGGCCAGAGAAUUUGAUCGCUUUGGGAGCAUUCGGACCAUCGAUCAUGUCAAAGGGGACAGCUUUGCCUACAUCCAGUACGAGAGCCUGGACGCGGCCCAAGCUGCCUGUGCUAAAAUGAGGGGCUUUCCCUUAGGUGGUCCAGAACGCAGGCUCCGGGUGGAUUUUGCCAAAGCAGAGGAGACUCGCUAUCCCCAGCAGUACCAGCCCUCACCUCUCCCUGUGCAUUAUGAGCUGCUCACUGACGGAUAUACCCGGCAUCGAAACCUGGAUGCUGACCUUAGGGUGCGGGAUAGGACCCCUCCACACCUUCUGUAUUCAGACCGAGACCGGACCUUUUUGGAAGGGGACUGGACCAGCCUCAGUAAAAGUUCGGACCGCAGAAACAGCCUAGAGGGCUACAGCCGCUCAGUGCGCAGCCGGAGUGGUGAGCGCUGGGGGAGUGAUGGGGACCGGACCAUAGCCAAGCCCUGGGAAGAGAGACGCAAGCGGAGGAGCCUUUCCAGUGACCGAGGGAGGACAACUCAUUCCCCUUAUGAGGAACGGAGCAGGACCAAGGGUGGGGGACAGCAGCCUGAGCGAGGCUCAGACCGCACCCCUGAGCGUAGCCGAAAGGAGAACCACUCCAGUGAAGGGACCAAGGAAUCAGGCAGCAACUCCCUCAGCAACAGCAGACAUGGUGUGGAGGAGAGGAGCCACCAUCACCACCACCACGAGGCUCCAGACUCUUCCCAUGGGAAGAAGAGUAGAGAGAGUGAACGCAAUCAUCGGACCACUGAAGCAGAGCCCAAGACUCUUGAAGAGCCAAAACACGAGACCAAAAAGCUAAAGACUCUUUCGGAAUAUGCUCAGACGCUGCAGCUGGGUUGGAGUGGGCUUCUAGUGUUGAAAAACAGCUGCUUCCCAACAUCUAUGCACAUCCUAGAGGGGGACCAGGGAGUUAUCAGUGGUCUCCUCAAAGACCACAUCUCUGGCAGCAAGCUAACCCAGCUAAAGAUUGCCCAGCGCCUUCGACUGGACCAGCCCAAGCUGGAUGAGGUCACCCGUCGCAUCAAGCAAGGGAGCCCCAACGGCUAUGCCGUGCUCCUAGCCAUCCAGUCACCCCCCAGUGGGCCUGGCUCUGAGGGGAUGCCCACGGUGGAGCCAGGCCUACAGAGGCGGCUUCUCAGGAACCUGGUCUCCUACUUGAAACAGAAGCAGGCUGCAGGGGUGAUCAGCCUGCCGGUGGGCGGGUCUAAGGGCAGAGACAGCACUGGCAUGCUCUAUGCCUUCCCACCCUGCGACUUUUCACAGCAGUACCUCCAGUCAGCAUUGAGGACAUUGGGCAAGUUAGAGGAAGAACACAUGGUGAUAGUGAUAGUAAGAGACGCUGCCUAGCCCACA